UAAGCGAAUAUUUCCCAGCGCGCUCUUCCUCUUUCUAGGGGAAGCGAUGGCCGAUAGAGAGAAGGUUCCACGUGUCCCCGAAACUCUCCUCAAAAAGAGGAAGAGUCUAGAACAGUUGAAGGCCGCCAGGGCUGAAGCACAGCUCGCGCAAAAAAAGGUACGAAGAGAGAAGCGCAAGGAAAUCUUUAAAAGAGCUGAAAAAUAUGUGAAGGAAUAUCGUCAGCAAGAGAAAGAUGAGAUCAGAAUGAAGCGUAUGGGACGGAAACAUGCAAACUUCUAUGUCCCAGCUGAAGCUAAGCUUGCUUUUGUUAUUCGUAUCAGAGGUAUCAAUGGUGUGAGUCCAAAGGUGCGAAAGAUUCUUCAAUUGUUUCGCUUGCUGCAGAUCCACAAUGGUGUGUUCAUUAAGCUGAAUAAGGCCACGAUCAACAUGUUACGAAUUGUGCAGCCUUAUGUUGCAUAUGGUAUCAAUGGUGUGAGUCCAAAGGUGCGAAAGAUUCUUCAAUUGUUUCGCUUGCUGCAGAUCCACAAUGGUGUGUUCAUUAAGCUGAAUAAGGCCACGAUCAACAUGUUACGAAUUGUGCAGCCUUAUGUUGCAUAUGGUAUCAAUGGUGUGAGUCCAAAGGUGCGAAAGAUUCUUCAAUUGUUUCGCUUGCUGCAGAUCCACAAUGGUGUGUUCAUUAAGCUGAAUAAGGCCACGAUCAACAUGUUACGAAUUGUGCAGCCUUAUGUUGCAUAUGGUAUCAAUGGUGUGAGUCCAAAGGUGCGAAAGAUUCUUCAAUUGUUUCGCUUGCUGCAGAUCCACAAUGGUGUGUUCAUUAAGCUGAAUAAGGCCACGAUCAACAUGUUACGAAUUGUGCAGCCUUAUGUUGCAUAUGGUAUCAAUGGUGUGAGUCCAAAGGUGCGAAAGAUUCUUCAAUUGUUUCGCUUGCUGCAGAUCCACAAUGGUGUGUUCAUUAAGCUGAAUAAGGCCACGAUCAACAUGUUACGAAUUGUGCAGCCUUAUGUUGCAUAUGGAGUAAGCAAGGACUGGAAAAUCCCUGAAAAAGGCUUAUGGUCCUGGAAAGAUUUGGUAAUCUGUUNCCUUUGUUUCUGUUCAAUUAUUUCCCCGAACGAACUAGCGAAAGGGCCACCAAAACAAGUUUACUUUUUGUCAUAUCGAACCCUAAAAUGCCUUGAUAUCGAUCGUUCAACACUGGGAAAGAAUUAUAUUUCCAAUCAACAUUUUACGAGAUGUGUGUUGACUAUUUCUCGUCAUAGUUUUAUUCCUUUGGCAUUCUUUACUCGUCGAAUAGUUAAGGCCAGAUGUUUCUCUUUAAUUAUUUGUUUUAUUGUAGUAGAAAACUAUAUUAGUUCGUCUGCUGUCUUGUUUUGCAGAGAGAAGGUUCCACGUGUCCCCGAAACUCUCCUCAAAAAGAGGAAGAGUCUAGAACAGUUGAAGGCCGCCAGGGCUGAAGCACAGCUCGCGCAAAAAAAGGUACGAAGAGAGAAGCGCAAGGAAAUCUUUAAAAGAGCUGAAAAAUAUGUGAAGGAAUAUCGUCAGCAAGAGAAAGAUGAGAUCAGAAUGAAGCGUAUGGGACGGAAACAUGCAAACUUCUAUGUCCCAGCUGAAGCUAAGCUUGCUUUUGUUAUUCGUAUCAGAGGUAUCAAUGGUGUGAGUCCAAAGGUGCGAAAGAUUCUUCAAUUGUUUCGCUUGCUGCAGAUCCACAAUGGUGUGUUCAUUAAGCUGAAUAAGGCCACGAUCAACAUGUUACGAAUUGUGCAGCCUUAUGUUGCAUAUGGGUACCCAAAUCUGAAGAGUGUGCGGGAGUUGAUCUACAAGCGUGGCUAUGGCAAGGUCAACAAGCAGCGCAUUGCCAUCACUGACAACUCCAUCAUUGAACAACAGCUGGGCAAGCAUGGUAUCAUCUGCAUUGAGGAUCUCAUUCAUGAGAUCUACUCAGUGGGUGAGCACUUUAAGGAAGCUAACAACUUCCUGUGGCCCAUGAAGCUCAGUUCUCCAAGGGGUGGCUUCCGCAAGAUUACCACACACUUUGUUGAGGGCGGAGAUCAUGGAAAUCGAGAGGACAAGAUUAAUCAGCUUAUUCGCAAAAUGAACUAAAACCUUGUAUAGAAUGAAGUGCAAUAAACUGACACUGUUUCCUUC